GAGAGAAAGAAAUAGAGAAGGAGAGAGAGAGGGAGAGAGAGAGAGAAAGGAGGAGGGGGUGGGCAGGCAAAACAAGCCACAUACAUAAGGAGACAGCCAGAAGCACAGGGAGAUAGAGAGGUGGAGGGAGUGUGUGUGUAUGUGUGUGUGCAUGUAUGUGUGAUAACACUGCGCAUGUGUGACGGUGAGGUGCACUGACUGGAGCAGACGGAGGAGGAGAAAGAGCAGCAUGAACGGCAGCUGAGACAAGAAGAGAGAUAACAGCAGAAGGGGAAAGGGAAGGAGAAGAAAAUAAAACUGAAACUCACUGGACAGACGCUCAGGUACGGCACAGAAUAAGCUGAUUCAUUAGACUGGUUUAUAAGAAGAAGGGGAGGUUAAAGAGUGAUGGAGAGGAGGGAGAUACCAGAGGGAAACAAUCCAAAAGGAGAAGGAGAUAAAGUGGUGGAGUGAAGGACAAAGGUACCAGAGAAGAAAGGAGAAGAAGAGGAACAAGCGAUGAGACAUGACGCAUCCACCUUCUAACAGCAGCUUCCUCCAUCUUACAUCUCCUCCAUCUUUACCUCCCUUCACCGCUGCUUGUUGUUCAUCCUGUUAGAAUCAGAUGGACAGGAGAGUGAGACAUCCCACUGAACAAAGAGACUGAGCUUUUGAUUUACCCUCACAGAAACAACAUCGGCAAAGGCAACAAAUACUGGAACAGCAACGAGGAGGCGAAAAAGCACUGGAACAAGCUGAGCGCACUGGCAGACAGAUCACGGACCAAAGGAAACCUGAGGAAACAUAAGCCCCUGAAAACGGGAGACAAGCACAGAGGCAUCCUUCAGACUGUUAUCACUCCUUCGGCCGGUUGGGAAGACUGUCUGAAAGUCACCCCCCCCCAUCCACUCCCACUUCUGAGGAAUCCAGGAGCUUCUGGAACAGCAGAGUCAUUCCAGCAGUUUUCUGGAGCUUUAUAGGACACCUUCCAAAAAAAGACCUCCUCCUCCCUUCUUAUCAAGAAGGCACAGAGAGGGUCACGCCAGGUCAUCGGACCACACCGGACCAAGAGCAUACGGAGAGAAACCAGAGCUUAUUCUUUCUUUCUCACGCACUCCGGUCAAAGCUUAACACACCCCUUAGCCAAAAACAGGAAGUUAAGUAGACUUUUAAGCAAGAAACAAAUGUUAAGGUUAGCUUGAGAAGGCGAGAGUUUCCCCUGGCAGGCAACAGGAUACAGUUUGAGACAAUACCUCUUGGACUUCUCUGAACUGGCUGUACUUAAUCCCAACACUUUGUGAAUGCAGAAACCUGUAGUGUGUGUCUAUCUGUGUGUAUGAGAUUAUUUAUUGGUAUUAUAACUAAAAGGGAACUAUUUGUGAUAAAAUAUUAACUGAUCCUGUGUGUAAAUAUACAUAAAUCAAAGACAGCACAGAAGUGAGUCUAAAAAACAAAAACUACCUUCAAGUAGUCAACACUGGUCACAUACUUAAAGCUUGACUGUUAUAUUAGUGACAGAAUAACUGGUGCAGGUUUUAGGCCUUCAUAAGGCCUAAGGCUGACAGAAGUCCCCAACAUGGACACAACCAUCCGUCCCCAUGUCCCCUCCAAUGGCUGACUUCAGAAAAAGAGACACAUCUUGUCCCCUUGAACCAGGCAGGGGUAUUCAGCACUGAGUAGAGCCACUUCCACCUCCAACAAUCGUGCGAAUGUCCUGCCUCAGGCGCCAGGCUGUCACCAUCCCCAUGGACACCGUCAAGAUCAUCCAGUCGGAGAAGUUCCCCAGAGAGUGCCCCGUGCCCGUCACCCAGCCGCGCUAUGCACCACCCCCCAGAGUGGCGUGGGACGGUGGAGGUGAGGGUGAAAUCAUCGUCAACCAGGCCUGCAGUGACCUGACCCUGGACAUAACCAGGUCCCCCCGGCCUAUGAUGUCCCCUCCGGCCCCCGUGACGCGCAGGGAGCAGAGCUUCCUGGCGCAGCGCAAACCCAGUGCCAACGAAAUCUGCUACCACCAGUUCCACUACAAGAUGGAGGACGUGAUAGUCAACCAGUACGUACUGCGCUCUUCCUCCACAUCUUCCUCCACUUCCUCCUCCUCCUCCUCCUCGGGACCCGUCAUGCCCUGCGAGCCCCUGGACUGCCCCACCUGUGGUCACACUUACAACUUUGCCGGGAAGCGUCCACGCAUCCUCUCCUGCCUGCACUCGGUGUGUGAGGAGUGCCUGCAGAUCCUCUACGAGUCCUGUCCUAAAUACAAGUUCAUCUCCUGCCCCACAUGCCGGCGUGAGACGGUGCUGUUCACUGACUAUGGCCUGGCUGCUCUGGCCAUCAACACCAGCAUCCUCAGCCGCUUGCCCUCUGACCCCAACGGGCCCGUGCAGUGGGGCGGGGACGCCGACCGCAGCUGCUACCAGACUGUGCGCCAGUACUGCCAGUCAGCCUGCACCUGCCAGAUUGCCAACCCCUUGUCCUCCUGCGGCAUCAUGUAGACAAGGGGACGCUGCAGAGAUGACUCGAUGCUGCCCCCUGUCCACUCUGUCCGUCUAUAAGCUGUCCCCUCUCUGCCAAGCCCCCUCCUCUCUCACAUACAGUAAAUAAACCCCUCCACAGAUGUUAUUCUAAUAGCACAGAUGGAUGCUGUGUGGGACUAAAUGGACGCUGGUGGUUAAAUAAACAGUAAAUAAAUGUAUUUUAUGUAUGGACUGGAAUCCUAUUCACCCUCUCUCGUUUGGUUGGACGUGUUUGUCAUUGACAUCUCUUUACAUGGGAAUGCCAGGGGAGGUCUAUCCCCCCAACCUAGGUGAAUAAAGAUUAAAUAAAUUAUGAGAAGUAACUCUG